AAGUCUAGUGUUACAGAGGAAGUAAACUGUCAGGUUGUUGCUUAAUUCACAGCUUCACAUGAGCGCCCAUUAAAACCAAACAGUGCGCCCUCCUUUACCACUAAAUGUUGCAGUGAGACCUCAUAUUAAGAAACAAUGUCAACAGCGAUGAACUUCGGAACCAAGACGUUCCGACCCCGUCCACCGGACAAAGGAGCGUUUCCUUUGGAUCAUUUCGGUGAAUGUAAAUCAUUCAAAGAGAUAUAUAUGCGAUGCCUCAGAGACAACCAUUUUGACAACUCAUGCUGUCGAAUAGAGUCAAAGGAGUAUCUGGAGUGUAGGAUGGACAGACAGUUAAUGGCAAAGGAACCCCUUGAAAAACUUGGCUUUAAGGACUUGAUGGGGGAUCCAAGUGAUGAAAGUGAAACAAAAUAUAAUUUGGGCUGAUGUUCAUGUUUUGUUCAGUUUUAUUUUAUGUCUCUCUCCAUAUCACCUGGUGUAAUCUGCUAUAUGCUUUGUGCAUAUUAACAAACGUGUUAAAAAAAAAAAAUCAGGGUGUGUAUGUGAUUAAUCAUCAUCAUUGCUACUGGUCAGACUUUGGAGAUUUGGUUUUGUAAGAAUGAUCUGUUAAAAAGGUUUAAUCAUUUGAAGUUUUACUGGAGCUUUAAAUAUUUCUCUGGAAUAAAGAAGGAGCUUAGUUUUCAUCACUGCUAUGAACGGCCUUUAUCAUAUAAAAUAAAUCUUAUGUAAAUAAUAUACUUUAAUUAUUAGGAGCUUGUCAACUUUGCAUUUAAAAGCAUUCACUUUUAUUUGGCUCAAAUAAAUGCACUCUGAACAACACAAAUGAAAUGUAGCACAAAUAUUUACAGCACAAAAAUAUAAUGGUGUGAAUAUAUGAAGUUUGAUAUAAGGGUCAAUGACAUGAUGUACAUAUUAUUGUGUCCAAGUGCAUUAUUUCCUUUAAAAUAAUUUGAUAAAUUCAUAACAUGUAUCACUUUAUUCUAUAAAAUCUAUUUAGAUUGAAUUCAUUUUCAGUACAUUCAAAUAAUAAAUAUUUUAUGUUUUGGUAUCUUAAAUCCCCAAAAUGUCAGGUGGUGCAACCAUCCACACAAAUGAAAAGACUAAGAAAAGUAUUUAAAAUGGUGUUUUAAUAAUAAGAAAUUAAAAAUAAAAUACUAUGCCAUAAUUUUAUGUUUGAAACCUUUCAUCUACAACUAUCAGUAACUGCAACUAUCACAACUGCAAACAUGGGUCUUUUAUUAUGAACUGACAAGGUAAUAGGCCUAACAAUAAGCAUGAUAAUGCAGCAUCCAGAGGACCCCAAUUGAUCCUUGUGGCAGAGAGAAUACCCAUAUGAAAAAAAACCUGUUUCAUAUACAGCAACCAUAUAUCUUCCUUACUCAAAUCGGCCAGAAUUACCUUAUGUGUUUCAUGUAAGUCCAAUACAUGUCAUAUACAAAAUCAGACCGAUUAUGGCCACUUUCAUACUAAAAAUCACAUAUACAACUUAUAUGGGAUUUUUAGGUCAUAUAUGAAUACUGUAAAAGUCUUAUAUGAGUUUUACAUGACAACAGUAUGCAAUGGUAUAUGAUUUUAGUAGGAAAUGUGUAUGAAUAUCAGUUAUUUCCUAUACAAAUCAUUUAAAAUUCUUGAUUGAAUCAUAUGCUAGUCAUAUAGGAUUUAUUUAAAUUUUGCAUCAUUUGUUUAUAUGAAUUUUAUACAGAUUUAUGUUUUUAAUAGGGAAAUGGUGUGCCUGUUCUUCAAGCUUUAUAUGUUUCCACCUAAUUCCUCAUAUUACAACAAUAAUAUUAUUAUAUCUCUACAUAUAAUUAUCUUAUAUGAUUUCAGUCAAUAUUACAAUAUCUCUGCAUUAGAGGUCUGCAUUCCCCCGAUAAGAUUUCUUGCUGCGCGGGAUUAAAUUUUGAAUGAAAGGCGGAUUGCGGUCGGUAACUUUAGUAUACAGGUGCUGGUCAUAUAAUUAGAAUAUCGUGAAAAAGUUCAUUUUUUUAUUGUAAAUUAUUUUAAAAAAUGAAACUUUCAUAUAUUCUAGAUUCCCUACAUGUAAAGUAAAACAUUUCAAAAGUUUUUUUUUUUUUAAAUUUGUUGAUUAGAGCGUACAGCUAAUGAAAGUCCAAAAUCCAGUAUCUCAAAAUAUUAGAAUAUUUACAUUUGAGUUUCAUUAAAUGACCAUCCCUACAGUAUAAAUUCCGGGUAUCUUUUGUUCUUUGAAACCACACUAAUGGGGAAGACUGCUGACUUGGCAAUGGUCCAGGAGACAAUCAUUGACACCCUCCACAAAGAGAGUAAGUCACAGAAGGUCAUUACUGAAUGGGGUGGCUGUUUACAGAGUGAUGUAUCAAAGCAUAUUAAAUGCAAAGUUGACUGGAAGGAAGAAAUUGGGUAGGCAAAGGUGCACAAGCAACAGGGAUGACCGCAAGCUUGAGAAUACUGUCAAGUAAAGCCGAUUCAAACACUUGGGAGAGCUUCACAAUGAGUAGAAUGAAGCCGGAGUCAGCGCAUCAAGAGUCACCACACUCAGACAUCUUCAGGAAAAGGACUACCAAGCCACUUCUGAACCAGAGACAACGUCAGAAGCAUCUUACCUGGGCUAAGGAGAAAAAGAACUGGACAGUGAACAGUGGUCGAAAGUCCUCUUUUCAGAUAAAAGUAAAUUUUGCAUUUCAUGUUGAAAUCAUGGUCCCAGAGUCUGAAGGAAGACUGGAGAGGCACAGAAUCCAAGCUGCUUGAAGUCUAGUGUGAAGUUUCUGAAGUCAGUAAUGAUUUGGGGGGGCCGUGACGUCUGCUGGUGUUGGUCCAUUGUGUUUUAUUAACUGCAAAGUCAAUGCAGCCAUCUUCCAGGAGAUUUUGGAGCACUUUAUGCUUCCAUCUGCUGACAAGCUUUAUGGAGAUGCUGAUUUCCUUUUCCAGCAGGACUUUAGCACCUGCCCACAGUGCAAAAACCACUUCCAAGUGGUUUGCUGACCAUGAUAUUACUGUGCUUUAUUGGCCAGCCAACAUGCCUGACCUGAAUCUAUGGGAUAUUUUCAAGAGAAAGAUGAGAAACAGUCGAUCCAACAAUAUACAGAUGAUCUAAAGGCUCAAUAGUGCCUCAGCAGUGCCACAGGCUGAUCACUUCCAUGCCACACUUCACUAAUUUGUGCUAGGAGCAAGUCAUUUGCUGUAAUAUGUCCUGCCGAUCAAGUAUUGAGUGCACAAAAGAACAUACUUUAAAGAACUUGAACUUUUCUGUUUUGCAAAUCCAUUUUUUGAUUGAUCUUAGGAAAUAUUCUAAUAUUUUGAAAUACUGGAUUUUGGACUUUCAUGAGCUGUACGCUCUAAUCAUCAAAAUUUAAAAAAAAAAAAACUUUUGAAAUGUUUUACUUUACAUGUAGGGAAUCUAGAAUAUAUGAAAGUUUCAUUUUUAAAAAUAAUUUAUAAUAAAAAAAUGAACUUUUUGAUGAUAUUCUAAUUAUAUGACCAGCACCUGUACUUUAGGCGGGAGCGGGCGGUCUGACAAUAACCCGGUCGCUCCCGAGAUGCUUUGGCAUCAGCGCAUCUGUGCUUGAACUUGAAGUGAACAAAACUUUCUGCAGUGGUGGCGUUCACACAGUCCCCAGUUCCCUGUCCUAAAAACCUGGCAAGAUAUGUUAUUUGCAUUAGAGGUCUGCGCGAGUGCACCUUCAGAGAACAUUCAACCUUUGUGAUCGGAUUUUGAAGGAGAGACGUUCUGAAACGGUCGUCAGUCAGCAUCAUUCUGUUCUUGCGUGGAUGUUAAAAAAGAUUUCAUUUUGCAGUAGGCUAGCUAGUAAGCCAACAGUUUUCGUUUAUGUAAUUUUGGCAUAGCCUAUAGUUUUGAGGGACAUGUUGUAGGCUAUUUAAUUUAGCCUACUUUUCUCUGUGAUAUUUAGCCUAUUAUUCUUUGUGACAUUUUUUCUCUGACAUUUUUUAGGGUGUUGACAGCAUCAUAGACAAAUAACAAAUACAAAUCUUGUAUAUGCAACAUUUUAUAUUUGUUAUCCCCAAUCACUCUCUUUCUUUAGGGAAAGUUUAAACGCGAGAUUCUGGAAACGAUCUUUAGCGGGACCCGUCGGGUCGGGAAGAAAAUCACUAUAUGCGGAUAGCGGGUGAACACAGAGUGAAUUUUAGGCGGGAGCGGGUGCGUGCGGAAUAGAACCAUUGCGGGAGCGGGACGAAAAAAACAGUCCCGCGCAGACCUCUACUCUGCAUAUACAAAUCAUAUAUGAUUUCAGUCAAUUACUUGCACAGAUUUGCAUCAGAAAUACUUUUAUUUCAACACAAUCAAAGAGACACAAUCAAAUUAUACUCCACAAGAGUAAUUUAGAAUUACAACUUGAUAUCAAACUGAACUUUGCGAAGGCAAAACCCCCCACACACAAAACAACAAUUUCAGUAAGUUUGGCAUUGAUGGUUGCACCAAUGCUGGCAGGCACCACAUGAGGACAGUUUCUGCAAUGUUGCUUCUGUGAGACAAACAAAUAAAAGGCAAAACAUUGCUGUUGUUAGGAAGUCAGCUAUUUUGAAUUUCCUGUGCAAUUUUUGUGCAGUUUUUGCCAUUUUCAGGCCUCGUACUUUAACGAACUCCUCCUACAGUUUUAUUCAGAUCAUCUUCAAAUUUGGUUUGUAUAAUCAUAAGGCUUGUGCGACACUAAAUUGCGAAGAUCUUGAGUUUUCGUAAAAGGCGUCCCUGGCAGCCUGACAAAGUUUGAUGUUUCGCCAUGAAACAGGAAGUUGCUGUAACUAAGGCAAACAAUGUCCGAUCUGCCCCAAACUUCACACACUUGAUAAAAGUCCUGUCCUGAACACGUCCAUGCCCAUAUUCAGUUAUAGUCAUAGCGCCACCUGCUGGCAACAGGAAGUGACAUGUUUAACACUGUUAUGGACUCCUAACAGCAUAUUAAAAUGUGCCAGCAAGUUCUAAACAGGCUAGCAACAUGCUAGAAAAACGUUAGCAAAACACUUAGCCAAGUGUUAAAGCAUGCUAUUAAUACAGUGAAAGAGGAAGUUGCUGUAACUCAGGCAUUCAAUGUCCAGUCUACCCCAAACUUCACACAUUUGAUAAGAGUCUUUCCCUGAACACAUCUACAUGACAAUAUUCGGUUAUAGUAAUAGCGCCACCUACUGGCAACAGGAUGUGACGUUUUUAACAAUAUGAUGCACUAUUAGCAACAUACUAAAAUAUGCAAUUGAGUACUAAACAUGCUAGAAACAUUCUAAAUCAUGCUAGCAACACCUAGCUGACUGUUAAAGCAUGCUAUUAUCGUCAUGAAACAGGAAGUUGUUGUAACUCAAGCAUACAGUGUCUGAUCAGCCCCAAACUUCACAUGUGUGAUAAGAGUCCUGGCCUAAAGACAUCUAUUUGCCAAUAUUCAGUUAGUCAUAGCGCCAUCUGCUGGCAACAGGAAAUGGCAUGCUUUACACUGUAAUUCACUCCCUGAAACACAUUUCGAUAUGCCACUAAGUAGCAAACAUACUAGAAACAUGUUAAAACAUGCAACACUUGGCUAAGUGCUAAUGUUUGCAAUUAACGCCAUGAAACAGGAAGUUGUUGUAACUCAGGCAUACGAUGUCUGAUCUGCUCCAAACUUCACAUGUUCGAUAAUAGUCCUGGCCUGGAGACAUCAACAUGGCAAUAUUCAGUUACGCUCAAAGCGCCACCUGUUGGCAGCAGGAAGUCUGGCACUUUGAAAUGACUUCUCCACUGUUCACUGUUUCCCUGAGGCCAACGGGUGGCGGUGCGAGGGCCCUUUCAUCGCUGCUUGCAGCUUUAAUUAGGGCCCAAGCCACUAAGGCGCAGGGCCCUAUUGUUUUUCUAAGGAUUAUUAUUAUUAUUAUUAUUAUUAUUAGGGCCAAAGCCCUGUAAAGGGCUGAAGGCCCUAUUUAGGGCCCAAGGCGAAGGCCCUAUUGUUUUCUUUAGGAUUAUUAUUAGGGCCCAAGCCGAAGGCGAAGGCCCUAUUGUUUUCUUUAGGAUUAUUAUUAGGGCCAAAGCCCUGUAAAGGGCUGAAGGCCCUAUUGUUCCCCUAAGGAUUAUUAGGGCCCAAGCUGAAGGCGAAGGCCCUAUUGUUUUCUUUAGGAUUAUUAUUAGGGCCAAAGCCCAAAGGGCUGAAGGCCCUAUUGUUAGGGCCCAAGCCACUAAGGUGCAGGGCCUUAUUGUUUUUCUAAGGAUUAUUAUUAGGGCCCGAGCACCGAUGGUGUGAGGACCCUAUUGGAAUUGCUCCGUUUAUUAGGGCCCAAGCCACUGGUGGCGCAGGGCCCUCUUGAUCCCCUAAGGAUUAUUAUUAGGGCCAAAGCCAAAGGCUGAAGGCCCUAUUGUUUUCUUUAGGAUUAUUAUUAUUAUUAUUAUUUUCUAUGUUUUUGGCACUUUUGGGGCCCUUAACAUGUUCGAAAACUCUUGAAACUUUGCACACACAUCGGAAUACGCGGCCAUCAGGGCCGGGCAGAAGCUGGUACCCGGGCGUGGCAGGGGGGCUCAACAACGCAAACUUGGUCCAUAUAUCAAACGCGCUUGCACGUAUUAGUAAGAAACUCGGUACACAUAUAGACCUCAUCGGGCCUAACAACUUUUGUGCUCUAAGUUAUACGCCAGCUCAACAGGAAGUCAGCUAUUAUGGUUUGUUUGAAAAAUGCAGAAGAAUGCAGAAAAAUGCAGAUUCAAGACAUUGAUGAUGAAAAAUUGCCAGCAGAUUUUUGAUAUCUCGAACGGUUUGGCUGUGGCGAGGCAACAAAUUUAUGGCGAGAAAAGGGAAUCAGGAAGUGUGUUAUAACGUCUGCAUACAUUGAUUGAUUUUUAUGAAACUUCACCAGUGUGUUGGUUGUAGGAGUCUGAUCACAUGGAUGUGACUAUUGUGAGUCAAAGUUAUAGUGCCACCAACUGGCAGCAGGAAGUGUGUCACUUUCAAAAUGCUUUGAGAUCACCCUCUUUUUUUUACCCGAUUUCCUUCAAACUUCAUCAGUGUAAUGUCAAUACACAGCAGAUGUAGACCUGUGAAUGUAUUUGUGAUAUCUUAAAUAUUGUUGCCAUGGCAACACGUCAAACUUUAAUAAUAUUCUUAGGCAUUUUUGAGCCUCUUAACAUGCUUCAAAUUGCAUGAAACUCGACACACACAUCAAUAUUGUCAUCCAGUAGACAUGGACAAAGCCUUAGAAAUGGGCGUGGUGGAUGGGCUCAGUAGCGCCACAUUUUGACAAAAGUGGGGGGGGGGUUAUUUUUACCUACAGUCACCAAACUCGGUACACAUAUUAUUCUCAUUAAGCCGGACAACUUUCUAAUUUACAGUCAUUAGCUCCGACCAACUGGAAGUCAGCUAUUUUGGUUUGAAUGUGGAUUUUUUGAAAAAACAGGCUAUCAAUUUUAUACUACUACUCCUACAGGUUUUAUACAAUUUACACCAAACUUGAAGUUGGUAAAUUGAAAAGGGAUGUUGGAUAUCUCGAACAUUGUUGCCAUGGUAAGUGAUUCAAUUAAAGACAAAGAAGGGAAUAUACACCCUUUAUUUCAGUAUAUAAUAAUACAAAUAUUAUAAAUGAACACAUUUUAAAUCAUUGUAUAAUUACAAGAAGUAUGUGUAAGUUUAAAUUAGGCAGAUAACUGCUCUUUGGUUAAAAUGAUUAAAAUAUUCAAAUGUCAUAUAUAGAAUAAGCACUAGAGGGCAGCAAAUAUCUAUUUUUAAACAGGGUUGAGAAGACAAGAACACAUUUUAGUUAUAAAAGGCUUUAGUUAGUUUUAUAUUUUAAUGUAUAUAUUUAGAGAUGAUCAAAGACAAAUUUCUGUUACAGUAUAUAUUUUAUUCUUAUUGUUUAAAAUAUUAUUGAAUCAUCUGACUCAACUAACUGGUCAGGCUCCAACUGUUCUGCUUCUGUGUGUGUGUGUGUGGCUGCGUCCGAAACCGCCUACUUCUCUACUAUUUAGUAGGGGAAAUGCAGUAGGCGAGCGAAUAAGUAUGUCCGAAGCAAAAAGAGUAGGCGAAAAUUACCUGGGUGACGUACUAAUUCUCGUGAGAUUCGGACGUGCGUCUACUUAAAGUGCGUCCGAAACCGCCUACUUCUCUACUAUAUAAUAGGGAAAAAGCAGUAGGUGAGCAAUUAAGUAUGUCAGAAACCUCAGUAAUCAUAAAUGAGUAGUCGAGAAGUUCCCGGAUGGCCUACUGCUUCCGCCCAGAUUCUGAAGUGUUCCUCGAUCGAUACUUUUCUAUCCCAGGAGGCCACGGGAGAGGAUACGUCAUAAUUGAACACGGAGGAGAAAAGCGGUGCGGAUGCUUUCAAAUGUGAGUAUUGAAAACUAAAAACACGGUUCCUUGUAAUAAAAUAGCAUUUGUUGAACUACUGUAGAGUAAACCACUGAAUGUGUAAAGAUGCUAGACACUAUAGUUGUGAUUUUACAGUAAAAACACGAUUUAUUAUGAUAACAGGGGAGCUCUAGUAAACACACAUAACUUAAUUCUCCGAAGUGGAUUUACAUAUUCUAAACCACAUCUUAUUCAUCUUAUUAAAUGUUUAUUUAACAUCUGACAGGAACAUCUUCUUUAAGUAUUAUGGCUUAUGAGUGAUGGAUUAUGUAUGAGUAAUGUAUGUGUGCUAUUAUGUAGAAUUCACUGUUGUCAACACUGCUUACAUUACAUGAAUGAAAAUAACGUAAAUAAAUAAAUCUACAUAAAAUAAACAUAAGUUUAAUCUAUUUUAUUUGUCCAUUAGUACUGUUGGUAAAUUAAGGAACAUUUGUAUUGGAUAAAAAGAGAGUUAACACAUCAUAAACAUGUAAAUGUAGAUUUAAGCACAUAAAUCUCAGAGGAAACUUGAAUCUUGUCUGAAUGUUACAGGGACAGAUGAUCACACGUGUGUUUAUCCGGUGAUGAAGGAAUGCUGCCAUCAAAGGCUUUGAAGCUUUGUGGUGAAGCAGGACCUACAAGACAAGGUGACUGCAGCAAAAAAGGAAAACCUGAAACAAAAAUAUAAAGAUGUGAAAUGUCCUCAGACUGGUGUGAGCACUGAGGAUGGAGAGCCACAGCAGGUCCUGGAAAUGGUGUAGAGCCAUGGACGAGACCCUCCAUCACUCCUCCUUCCAAGUGACUUGAUCAAGGACACACUGGAGGUGAUGCUGCAGAGAUUGAACCAGCAACCUUCUGCUGACCAGCUCAGUGGUUUAGCCCACCACACCACAAAAUCAUGCUGAUGGAGAGCACAUGAAUGUUUGCAGCAGACACAGCAGCAGCCAGAUUGUCCUGCACAUCUUCUCCCACUCUUGCUUCAAGGUUGUGGGGUUCAGGGGUCCAUCAUCAUCAUCUUCCUCAUCCUCUGGAUCAACGAUGUCCCCAUUGAGAAGAGCAGCAGUGAGGGACAUGAUGGUUGAAGGUGUUCAUCAGCUGCUUCAUCAGAAUAAAGCUGCAGAAUUGGCACAGCUAUGUUGAGAUGGCAGUAGGAUUGUAAAUACGUGAUUGUUAGAUCAAUAAAUUUGAAUAAAGCUUUGUUUCAUGUGUU